CGUGCCGCCAAAGCAGCGAGAGUCAUCCGUUCUAUCAGAGGCAGAUACAGGGCGCAGGCCUUCUUGUUCCUGGCCUACCACUUCUUCCUCUCCUCACCACUCCACCUGGACGUCUUCGUUCUCUUCUUCAUCCUGGUCAGCAACUUCAUGAACCGCAAGGAGGCCUUCCCGAUUCAGAUGUUCAUAGACGGCGUGCGCUUCCUGCUCGACGAAAGGCGGUUCAUCAUG